AUGGAGCAAUCAGGUUUACAGCACGUCCACCACACAAAGCUCGUUCAAGCCAACCGGCAGCUCGGUUUGCCCGACAGUCCGGAGGAGCAGACUCUCAGACCUGUUGGUAGCAUUGAGAAAGAGGACAUGAAGCAUGGCCCCGACCCUCGCCAGACUGGUGCUGAGGUCACCGGUGCACCAAAUUCAUUCUGUGCCAAUUCUAGCACGGCCGACCACCUCAUUCGCGUUGAUCGAUCAGAGAUCAUCACACCAAGAAUAUCUGAUGCCGGCUCUCUCAAACACGACAAUCUCCGCAAACUGCAAGCAGCCCUUGCGGACCCAACCCCCCUAGCACGUUGGCAGUCAGAAUCGGUAAAGGUCUCCGCAUGGAACAACAUGGGUGAAUGUGUGCUGGGAUGGAAUAGAGAUAGUGUAUCACCCGAAAAGAAAGAAGCACAAGAGGCCGCCUGUGCGAAUAAAAGUGGGGCGGAAGGGUGCGCUUCAACAAACGAUCGCAAGCUGGAUCAGUUGCCCAGUCAUUGA